AUGUGACUAUAUAAAACGUCUACAGUCACUUCUGCACACAGAUAACGGACAGCGCAAAUCGCGAACAGAAAGGCACAGCUCCAUCUCAGCCGCGGAAUUUAUCAUCCCUAGAAAAAGCCUGGAACGCAGAGAUUUCCAUAAUACUCCUGGGAAUGUAAUCAACCAAUGAAGACCUGAAAAUCCGGGACCCAUCACAGAGCUUCGGAUACACAUAGUUUGGAACUCUUGUAUUUCGUCCAAAGCCUGACAUAUCGCUGGAUCCCAAUUCCCCACCAUGUCUCCGAGCAAUUUGCUUUCCGUCACUCCACUGAUACUCUUCUUACAGAUCGCCUUUACUCAUGCCAUCCUUCUUUCUGCCCCUCAUACCAGCAUUCCUGCUCAGAUUGGUGAAGAGCUGCAUAUCACCUGCACAGCCUUCAAAUGUGAGAAACCGGAGUUCAUCUGGGCUAGCCUCAUAGACAAUACAUUAAGUGGUACAGUUAGUACUGUGGGGAAGAAGUCGACCCUGACCAUGAAGGUCAGCAGUGAGAGCGAUGGAUCCUAUCGUUGUACUGUGUCCUGCAAUAAUCCACCAGCAGAAAGGAGCUUCAAAAUCGCUGUCUACUCUUUUCCAAGUGACCCCAUUCUACACAUGUCAUCUGCUGUGGUGGGAGAACAGUCCCGUAUCACCUGUACACUCACCAACAUCUAUCGUUCUGAGAUGAUGACUGCUAAGAUAAUGCUGGAUACGGAAAUAGUGGCGGAAUAUAACGCAGCAGAGGUGGCUGAAUAUAGCCAGGAGAUAAAAAAUAUCAGUUUUUGCCAUGACUUAAUACUGGAGGAGAGUUAUGAGGCAAAGAAGAUUGAGUGCGUGGCUGAAAUGGAAUUUGAUGGUAAUGACAUUAUACCUAUAAAGAGGAACACCUCGAUGGAACUCAAGCUAAUGUACCCACCAGCAAAACCCCAAAUCAGACCACACUCAUCCACAACUGUGAGAGCGGGUGAGGAAAUAUCUCUGACCUGCAGCUGUGACAGUGCAUCCCAAGCUUACAUCCAGUGGUUGAAGCUUGUUGAUGGCAGGAAGCUGGAGAUGCCAACUGAUGACCAAGGCAUACUGACUCUUUCCAGUGCAGAACCACAAGACAGUGGGAUUUAUAUCUGUUGCGUGAAAAACAACAUAGGAGAAUCCUCUUCACAAGUGGAGAUCACUGUACAAGGUCUUCCAGAAAUUCCUAAGAUUACCAUCCAGCCAGGAGCCAGAGUGACGGCUGGGCAGACUGUUACAAUUGCAUGCUUUGCCGAUGGCAACACAAACACAAAUGUUACAUUGUGGAAGGUGUUGGAAGAAUUGGAUAUUCUUCUUCUUGGCACCGAAGGGGAAUUCAUCAUCAAAGAAGCAGCUCCUUCUGACACUGCGGAAUACAGGUGCACCGCUGAAAAUCAGUAUGGACUGGCUGAGACAUCGGAAUUGAUCACAGUGACAUUUCCACCCAAAAACACACAUGUAGUCAUCACGCCAUCUCCAGUUGUGAAAGAAGGAGACAGCGUACAUAUUAGGUGCACAUCAGAAGCAUCUCCUACUCCUACACUGGUGCUGAAGUUGAGAACAGGACAUGGCCAGACUGAGUUGAAAUCAGAGACAGGACAGUUCCAUAUUUCACAUGCUGGAGUAGAGCAUGCAGGGACACUAAUAUGUGAAUCCUCAAAUGUGGUGGGACAGCAAGUUGCCGAUACCUUGCUAACUGUACAAGUUCCACCCAAGAACACACAUGUUACCAUCACCCCAUCUCCGGUGGUGAGAGAGGGAGACUCUGUACAGAUAACGUGCACCUCCGAAGCUUCUCCUGCCCCCAGCCUGGUGCUGAAAAUGCAAACAGAACAUGGCCUUGUAGAGCUAGAAUCCAGAGAUGGAUUAUACAAUAUUACAUAUGCCGGAAUGGAGAAUGUUGGAAAAUAUCUUUGUGAAUCUACAAAUAUUUUGGGGCAGCAAGUGACAGAGAAGAUGCUGACUGUACAGAUUCCACAUAGAAACACCACAGUGUUUGUGACUCCAUCGCAGAACAUCACAGAAGGUGACACAGUCAUUAUCAAUUGUGAGACUCACAGCAUUCCAUCUCCUUCUAUCACUCUGCAGAAGAUGUGCGCCAGUAAUAGCGCAGUGCUAUACGCCAGCAACGGCACCUUUACACUGCACAAUGUCACCCACAAUGACACUGGAACAUACACCAUCAAUGUAAUCAGCGACUUCGGGAAUGAGACAGAGGUCAUCAAUAUCUAUGUUGCAGAAAGACAACAGAGCCCUGGAUUUAACCCUCUCUCUGUGAUUUUUGCAUCUAUUGCGUUUCUGUCAGCGGGAAUCAUUGGGAUGCUCAUUUAUCAUCACAAGCAAGCAAAGGUGCAAGGAUCAUACAGCUUGGUAAAAGCAUUCAGAAGCAAAGUCUGACAUUACACAUGUAGGUUUAAUGGACAGCUCACCUGCUGCUAUGGAACAAGGCAUUUAUAUGACCAUAGACAAGGACCACCGCCUAUAGCACAGGAAUAACCAGUUCUAGCAAGCCAUGUGCUUGGAGAGUUCUAAUGUGAAUGAAACCAAAAUAAGCUUGUGCCUCCCUCAGCUUUGCCUUUCCGGUACCUACGGAGAACCUGGAUGCUAAACCAUAGUUAUCCAGAUAUUCUGGCUGUGAAUAAGAAAAUACAGUUAUCAACGAGACACAAUAUCUCAACUUCAUCGUGAUGGAGCUUAGUGUGUGAAAACCCACUGUUUGCACUUAGAUUUUCUAUGUUGUGUAUGGUGUUGUGUAUACUGUGUGUGUGACUGGGAUUAUCUGAGUGUGCCAAAGCUGCUCUUAUUUAUAUUUUCUAUUCUGUAGGCACAUUGUAUCUCAUUGUUCUGUCACCAUUUUCAUGUGCUGGUUUAUAUGUGUUAUGUGUGGUGCAUUUUCAUUUGGCCGUUUUCCUCCAUCAUUGUUGGAACUCUUUAUAGCAGAGGUUCUCAAACUCGGUCCUCGGGGGCACACACAGUGCAUGCUUUGCAGGUAACCCAGCAGGUGCACAGGUGUAUUAAUUACUCACUGACACAUUUUAAAAGUGUGUGCCCCCGAGGACCGAGUUUGAGAACCUCUGCUUUAUAGUAUGAUGUUGGGUAAUUAAAUAAGUGAACUCAGCAACUGCAAAGCAUCAGUUCUGAAAAAAAAAAAAUUGGUCAUUUGUCCUAACGACAGGACAAUCAUCUCAAACGCAAUUUUUUUAAAGCAUAUUAUUCGGUCAACCAGCAAUAUUUUUGUUUUAUUUCAUGAAAUAGUGCGAAAAGUGCAAUAUUGUAACAUUUAACUGGUGAGCUUCUAAAAGCUUUGUGCAUGUUCACCUAACCGGGUCUGCACUGACCUUUAUCAAUAUUAUUAUACUAGCUACCAGCCCGUCAAAAUGACGGAACAACAUAACAACAUAACAGUAAUGUCAGCGCCCAAACAGAGCAACACUUCAAUUGCUCCAUCGGGCACCAUCUAGUGGUCGCCGAUGGACAAAACAGUACAGUUCCCCCCUAGAGGUGAGGAGCAGCAUUAGCCUUUUAUUAAAUAGGAGGUGCCGUAUGCAGUAGCUAUAAUGUCUGAAACGGUACAAAAUAGUUUAAUCACUGCUGACUAAGAGAUGCCGUAUUGCUCCUAAAAUAUAUUGAAGUAUAGGGGCAAAAUGAACAAGUGAUAUUCUUGUUAUCACUUAUUACGACAAUGGUGUUCCAACCAAUUAGUUUCUUUCAAUUUUCAAACAAAUGACAGGAGCAGAUUGAUUGGAGCACAAUUUAAUAUUCAUAACGAGUGAUAACUAAAAUAUCACUUGUUAAAUCUGCCCCUUAAUUACUAAACAUAAUCUCUCCAUAUAUUGCCUAAAUACAUAGUGUACACAGUUGAAUUUUGAAUAAUGCAUGUGCCAGUAAUGAAAAGAAUAUUGCUUUUACCACCAAAAAGUUGAUUACUGAACAUUUAUGUAAUUUUUCUAACUGGUUAGGGUGGUAUAGGUACAAACAUUAAAUAAACAAUCAUAUACAAUAAAUGGCUAACGCUGCUCCUCACCUCUAUGGGGGGAAUUCAAGUGUUUUGUACACCGGCGGACACUAAUGGCGCUCGAUGGAGCAAUUAAAGUUUUGCUCCAUAUUCAGGGCGCUGACAUUACUGUUAUGUUGUUCCGUCAUUGAUGGGGUGGUAAUUAGUAGGAUAUAAAUGACCAGUCAUAACCUAUGUCCACAUCUUUACACAAAGGCAGGGCUAAUUGUUUAGUAUGCAUAAUACUAUAUAUGAAAUAUAAUACAUGAGUAAUGCCAAUAGAUGUAUAAACACCUGGAUAUAAUGAGUUCAGAUGGCAUCAGUUCAUGGGGGUAAUUCCAAGUUGAUCGCAGCAGGAAAUUUUUUAGCAGUUGGGCAAAACCAUGGGGGUAAUUCCAAGUUGAUCGCAGCAGGAAAUUUUUUAGCAAUUGGGCAAAACCAUGUGCACUGCAGGGGGUGCAGAUAUAACAUUUGCAGAGAGAGUUAGAUUUGGGUGUGGUGUGUUCAAUCUGCAAUCUAAUUUGCAGUGUAAAAAUAAAGCAGCCAGUAUUGACCCUGCACAGAAAUAAAAUAACCCACCCAAAUCUAACUCUCUCUGCAAAUGUUAUAUCUGCCACACCUGCAGUGCACAUGGUUUUGCCCAAUUGCUAACUUUCUUGCUGCUGCGAUCAACUCAGAAUUACCCCCCAUGUGCACUGCAAGUGUAACAGAUAUAACAUGUGCAGGCAGAGCCGGCCCUAACCAAUAUAAUGCCCUAGGCAAGAUUUUGUCUGGUGCCCCCUAGCACCGCCACUAGUUCUGCAGGAGAUGCCUGGAUAAGUCAUCUGGCAGCUCUGCUAACGUCUGGCACCUUUUGUUUCUGAAAAUGCAUCUUAUUUGCAUUACUAUGUGGCUAGAAUGCACAAGCAGCUUCUGCUGAU